AUGGCGUUGCCGGUCUCGCAACAAGUUUAGGACGGCAUUUGGUAGGUUUUCCCGUCCUGAUGAAGACGGCUUGGAUUUGCCUUCAUUAAACCGGUUUAAAAGUGGUUGUUGAUGCUAUUUUUACAAUGGACGAAAGCAGCUCAGAAAGCCCAGGCCUAAAGAAAAAAUCUAUAAUGGUGUGGACUGAAGAAAAAGAUGUCAAACUCUUGAGAGCUGUGGCGGCUGAGGGUGUUUUUAUCAAUAGUAGGGCAGGAUCAAGGGAGAGAGGAGCAUUAUGGCAGGUUGUUGCCUCUUCUCUUAUGGCAGAAGGUAUGCCUGUCAUUUCACGAUCGGUGAGAGACCGCUUCAAUAUUCUGGCAAAGAAAUGGCGAGUAAAAGUUAGACAAGAGGAGAGAGAGAGUGGUGGAGGAGAUAAAGAAAUGAGUGAAGCUGAAAAGCUGGUGGAGGAGUUAGUGGAAUUAGAGAUGGAAUCUGAGAAGACAAAAGAGCAGAAGGACGAGGCCAAGAAACUGGUAGAGGGAGAGAAAAAGAAGGCAAUAGAGAUGAGGGAGAGAGCAAUGGAGAGGUUCAGUCAAACCAAAAAGAGACGAGAAGAAACAGAAAAGGAUGAAGGGAAAAAGGAGAAAAAAAGAAGAAGAUCAGGAGAGGCAAUUGAGUGGUUGAGAGAAAAGGGAGAGAAUAUGCGAGAGAUGAAGGAGCAAGAACUCCAAGAAAGAAGGGAAGAACGAGAAGCCCAAAGAGCUCAAACUGAACAGUUUAUGGCUCAAAUGCAAGCUCAAAAUGAGCAAAUGAAAUUAUUUCAACAACAACUGCUGCAACAAAUGCAGCAACAGCAGCAACAGCACAGCGAACAACAACAACAAUUUGCCAUGAUGCAGCAUCAAAUGAUGCAAGUUUUGACACAUCAAACACAUGCAUUUCAGCAACAGUUAAAGAGAGUUUUAGGGUUUGGCUUUGAUACACAUCAACAUUGAAUGCAAUGUCAUUACCUGAGUUUUGCAUGUUUUUUAUUUUUUGUUAUAUAAAACAAAAUUUUUAA